AUGGCUAUCUUCUCAAGGAAGAGCAGCGCCGCAAAGGCUGCGAGCAAGCAAGAGAAGACUGAGCCUACCGACACGCGUCCGAAGACAGAAACCAAAGCAAUCGCAUCUCACGCUCGUUCGGCUUCCGUAGGACCUAGGAACGGCGGCACUCAGAACGCAAAGCAGAUCAGUCAAUACCGAACGAACCGCAGCGAGAUCUUCACGGAACCAAGCAUCCUUCCUGUCCCCGAGCCGCAUUACAUGUCCCACCAAGGCCUCACGCCACCAACAGGCUACCAACGUGAACACAGCUACGCGACACCCCACUACGCUGACUCCGGUUACGACUCGGGCUCUGCGAUCAAUUCUCGUGCCCCCAGCGAGAAGUACUUCCCCGAAGAUUACAGGUACUACAACCAUCAGACAAGCGCUCCCUACAUACCAGAGCUUGGGCUCGGCGAAGGCAUACUAGCCAACGAUGGGAAUGUCUCGCCGGUUGAUGCUGACGAAGAGGCGAAGUCUGUCACGUCUUCUGCAUCCGCACACAAGAAGACCAGGGGUCCACCAGAGCCAAUGCCUUCACUUGGGUUGUUGAGAAGUCACCAGCGUGUAUCUCAGAGUCGCAGCGCGAGGAGAUACAGCCUGCCACCGCUCUCGAUGCUUGAUGGACUGAAGGUCAACAAGAGGGGCAGGAUCCUCGACGAGGAAGGAGAGCCCAUCGGAGAGCUGGUCGAAGGCGAUUUGUUGGACUGCGUCCGUCAGAGGGCCAAUGCCAGUGGAGAAGUCUUGGACGAGUACGGACGCGUCGUGGGUGUUGUGAGGACCAUUCCAAACGUCUCACAAGCCUCGGAGGCACUUCUUCCAGGCGUCAGCUCGCCGGUCGAACAGGAGCAAUACACUCCAGAGAGGUCUCGAUCAACCGGACAGGAGCUCAACCGCCCAGCCCUGUCACUUCAGACGAGGACCGCACCGACUUCAGCGUCUCUCAAGAUGGUCGCACAGCCCCUGCGACACGCUCAACCCCAAGCCUUGCAUCCUGCGCAUCGCCAAGAAGAGGAGACUCAGAUCGCUGCUCCCGUUUCGCCGGUCGUCGCAGUGGAGCGCGAAGCACCAUCCCUCGUCCUACCUACUCCCCAUGAACCCAUAACGCCCAUCAUUCAGCUGUGUGAGCCCGAAGCCGAGCCUCAGAGCGAAUCGGCCAACUUGAUGGGCAGGACAAAAGCUCGACGUGACGCCGAAACACAGGAAGAGAAGAGAGAAGAGACUCAGCCUCAAGCACCUCCAAGGCAGGAAGUGCAGGUGCCAAGUGCAAGCAUCGAGGCCGCAAGCAAAGACUUUGCAGGUCCGUCGGAGUCACCCAAGCGUCCGGCACGAAGCGCCAGCGAGCGUAGCCUCUCGGAGCUCGGCAAGACGUACGCUCGUCCAGCAAUGAGCUCGGUGCCAGAGGACAACAUCGCCGAAGAUGUCAUCAUGCCCGCGGAAGGGCAUGCUUUCGCCUUCAGAGGCGAGAUUCCCGUCGAUGACCGUCCGCAGAGGGAAGCACGCUCCAGGUCGCCAAAUGUUGCCAUUAACCCCAAGGCAGCCCUGGCUCUCGGUCAACCGCAUAGCGCGCUGAUUACUCAGAACCCUCGCAUGAGCAUGAAGGCCCGCCGUGCCACCACACAGGUCACCGGCAGCCACGGUAAGCACCUCAUGCAUGCAUGCCUGCCAACAUGUGAUGUCACCGACUAACAUUGCGACAGAAAGCAGCCCUGGGAGAAGUGACUCCGGUGGUAGAGAGCGAGUCUCGGAAGACGGCGGGCAAUUCAGACCCGGCCACUUCCGAAGUACAUCGUUCCAGUCGGCGGGCACGUCGAUGCCUACCAAACCGCGAACGUACUUCACACACGGCGGCAAGAUCACGAUGGAUGCCAACGCGGUGCCCGUAACGCCGGCCGCGGCUGAAGCGGCGCCGAAGCCGGCUGUGGUGGAAGAUCAGAAGGUGGAAAAGAAGAAGAGUCGCAUGAGCCUUGGGUUUGGCAGAAAGACUGCCGCAAAGUGA